UUUAGACAAAAGUUUCGGUGUCAGGCUGUAUAAAAUUUGGCUGUCGAAAUUCCAGUAAUAGUUUCAAAAAAAAUAUAUAUACAAAACUCCAGGAUGUCCAGUGUGCACAGGUCAGGUGCCAAUCAACCGGCCGCAGUGGGUCAAAGGCAACGCAAAGGUCAGCGUCAAAUUCCGCAGAAUGACAUGAUUGUGUACGGAAACGGAAUCGCUUACGGCGGGCCGAUGUAUCCAGGUAUGGGUUACGGAAUGUAUCUGCAAUCGCCACAGUCGAUGGGUCAGCAACCGCCACAGUCAAUGUGCCAGCAUCAGCAACAGCAGCAGAAGCAGCGUCAUAAAUCCGUCGGUGCCCCCUGCCUCCAUACCGCCCAGCGGGCACAGAUGCGAAAUACCGGCCAGUCGGGCAUCUGCUCUUAUCAAAGAAGUGGCGGACUGGCAGGAACUCCCAGGCAAUCGUACAAGGCUCCUAAACAGCCUCAAACACAGCAGGCCUUCGGAAAUUGGACGGUACCAGCCGCAGGAACUGCCCCAGGCCUCGCCCCACCCUGUCUUUCCGGAGGGCCCUAUUCUGCUCCAGUCCCUGGCCCAGCACUUGCACCAAACCUUUCCGAAAAUGCUACAGUCGACCAGAUGCGAAUGUUGGCCCUGAUGCAACAGCAGCAGCAGUUUCCAAAUGCAGCAGCAACAAUUGCAGCGCAGCAGGUGCAUCUGCAGGCGUUUUCGGGCAAUAGCUACGGUUACACCAACUAUCAUCCGCAGCCGAGCGGCGAUACCAGCGGAUGGGGGGGCUAUGCCAUGAUGCAGCCUUCGGACAUCAGCAAGCCCUAUACUUUCGGCUGGAGCCCUACCGACUAGAUCGGAUAGUAUUACCCCUAGGUGUUGGUGGAUGGAAGUUUCAAAUAUUUUGGACCGCUAAAUCGUCAGAACUAGUUCUAAUAAUGUAGUUUUCCCUUUUU